CUGACUUACAUCCAUGCAGUAAACACGUGGGAUAAGUAGAUAAGAGUAGUGCACUACGUACUUUUAUUUGCUUUUAGGAACAUCAUUCUGGUCAUUCAGCUGCAACUGAGAUGAGCAGGCAUAUGCAUUUAAAAAUUGCUCUAGUAUUCAUUUACAUACUUGUGCACCUGCACUGGAGCUGCACUGUAGAUAUACCUGACUGCCAAUCAGACGAUGAUUGCAAAAAUAAGGACGUGUAUGACAAAACUGUGACAGCAAUCCCUGAAAAAUUCAAAGAUGGAGCUGAUCAAAUAUAUUUUAUAAACAGUCAGAUUCCGGUGAUACCAAAAGGAGGUCUUUCUAAAAUCCCUCAAAUAAAGAAAAUUGAAUUUCUCAGUACUACAACUCACUCUGUAGAGGUUGGAGCCUUUGAGGGUUUACCUGAUGUGAUGAUCAUUGAGAUAUCUGGCACAAAUGUGACAUCAUUACCUGUGGGUGUUUUUAAGGAUUUGAACAAACUUCAAAAACUUGUUUUAAAAAGUAACAAAAUCCAUAGCCUUGAAAACGGGUUAUUUGAUGAUUUAAAAAAGCUUCAAGAAUUAUAUCUACAUAUGAAUGAGAUCAGCUCUAUUGAGGAGGGGACAUUUGACAAUUUAGAGAAUCUCUCAAUGCUUCAUCUUGGAAAAAACAACCUUAGUUCUGUAUCAACAUCUCUUUUUUCCAAACUUAAGAGCUUAAAAACUUUCAGGCUUUAUGAGAACCAGUUGACUGCUCUACCUGAUGGGAUUUUUGAUGAUCUCCCGGAUUUGUCAGAGAUAGGCUUACAAGGCAAUCAAAUCUCAUUUAUACAACCAAAUUUAUUUCCACACAAAAGUAAACUGAAAAAACUCUAUUUGGACCAUAAUCUUUUAACGGAACUACAGCCAGAUCUGUUUGUUGGUUUCUCUUUAUUAAUGACUCUUACUCUGCACAACAAUCAUCUCACCGCUCUUCCCAACGUCCUUUUUGGAGAACAGCCUAAACUAACUGAAAUUAAUCUAAACCAUAACAAUCUCACUUACUUACCAACUGGAGUUUUCAGUCCACUUAAGAAGCUCAAGAAGUUAGACCUUUCCUUCAACCACUUUCCAACAAUCUCUGCAGACUUUUUUGAAGGUCUUGAAAAAUUGGUUGAGCUGAAUCUUCAAAAUAACAAUAUAGAGUCAUUAAAACAAGAAGACUUUGAAAAACUUCAGUCUCUUUCAGUGCUCAAACUGGGAAAUAAUAAACUGCAAAGCCUUCCUGGUGAUGUUUUUGACGCUCUUCCAAAACUCAGUAAACUGUACCUAAACAAGAACCCAUGGCGGUGUGACUGUAACCUGCUGCCAUUCUUUAAUUGGAUGAAGAUCAAUGAGGACAAGAUUAAAUCAAAACUUCCAGAAGUUUGCGAGUCUCCAAAAAAUCUGCAAAAUCAAUCAAUCACCUCUUUAACAGAAGAACAGUUAAUUUGCCUCACAACUCGACCAAUAACCACCCCUCUCCUCACAACUACUGCUCCCAUGACCACUCAGCACACCACAACUGCUUCUACAACAAGGCUAACCUCAACGACAGCGGCACCUACAACAACUACCGCUUUACAGACGACAACCACAACUACUCCAACAACAACUACAACACAGACAACCACCACCGCAACUCAACUCACAACUUUGCAACUAACCACAACCACACCACCUACCACCACCACCACUACAACCACAGCUCCGACAACCACAACAGUCCCAACCACGGUAUCAACAACUACACUACAACCAACAACUACCCACCUGACAACGACAGUGAUUCCAACCACAUCAACAACAACAGUACAAACAACAACUCUAGCGACCACCACUUCUACAACCAUGGUACCAUCAACAACCACCCAUGUGACGACUACACUGAUUCCCACCACAUCAACAUCGACAGUCCAAACAACAAUUGCAACUACAACUAUAUUAAUCCACACCACUAUUACAACUCAAAAGACAACAGCAACUACCUUACCACCCAGUACGACUGCAAGGAAAACGACUCCUUUUCUCACCACACAUAGUAGUUUCAUCUGUACCGGCUCUUCUCAGCUCCCUCUCUCAUCACCCACUACAACUUACAAGUACUCAUCAUGCAAGGAACUGAUGAUAUAUUAUACUACAAUGCUACUGGUGGAAAUCUGUUGUACUUUGGUGCUUGCUAAAUUCACUUACACAUUAUACUGCUCUCUGGAGCAAAGGGAGAGAUUGCACACCCAGGUCAAUUUGACGCACUUCUCCUAUACUAAGUCCAUUGUACUCAGACCAGUCGAUGAGACAGAAACUGUAGCUCUUUGAUUUAUUUAUUUAUUUAUUUUUAAGAGAUGACUGUUUCUCAAAAGAAUGAUUUUCCAAACUGCAUAUAUAAUUGAUGCUUAAUGCUUUAUGCUUUCAUUUCAUUACUAUGUACAGUAGGGCCCACAAGUCUGAAUCCACUGCUUUUGUUUUUCUAUUAAAAAGACUUUAAUGUUAUAUAAUUACAUAAUUAUUAUAUACAAUAUAUACAUUGUAUAAUAAUAUAUUAUUGGCGUAACAGUUUAAGUGAAGAGUGAUUAUAUCUAGGCACAAGACUUAAACCUUUUUGUGUUUUUAGUUCCCUGGACUUUCAGUGAAGGAACAGAAACCUAUCAGGUUAUAUUAAAUAUAUGUUAAUGUGAGUUUUAAAGAUAAACCAAAGUCUUAUGAGAGCGAUGAGUACUGUAAAUGAUGACAGAGUUUUCAUUUUUCAAUGAUCUCUUGAAGUGUGUCCAAUCUUGGAGUUACAACAGAGAAUUAACAUUCUUUUCAA